GUUCCCAAAGUUUUCAAAGAGAGCCGCACACACACACACACACACACACUAACAUGCACACAGUUGUUCAGGUUGAGAUGCAGACUGCACACGUGUUGAUCUUGUGAGUGUUUCAUUAACUUCACUUCCCCGGAUUGAUGGUGGACCUUUGGACCUGACGGAGCAAGAGAAGAGAAGAGAAGAGAAGAGAAGAGAAGAGAAGAGAAGAGAAGAGAAGAGAAGAGAAGAAUGGGUUAGGAAAAUCAAUGGACAAACCAAACACCUUCCAGUUGAGGACAGAGAGACAGAGAGGACAGAACAGAACAGUUAAAGGACAUGGGACUAUCUGUGGGGUUUCUGCUGCGGUUGGGUCUUCUGUUCACUGCUGUGUGCGUGUGUGUUCACGUCUACCUGAGGACAGGAUGGUGGAGAACACCUGCACCCCCCGGUUUGGGACGUCCCAUCCAGACUCAUCAGAAGUUGGGCAAACACGGCAGAGCCAGUGGAGUCCCUGCAGAGGGACAGGAACAGGACAGGAGCAUUAAACGGAGGAUCUCUUAUGUUCGGACGCUGAAAAAGGAAGGUUCAGCGAGGAAGAGAUAUGAAGAAAGUGAGGUCCUCUCACCUCCAUGCUGCCCCCGUCUCCGCUCACACAGAAAGACUCCUCGGUGGCACAUAGACCUGGAGCCCUGGGCCAGUGAGAGUCAUUCUCUGGAGGCAGAAGCCAAACGGUUCCUCAGCUACAUCACAACACCACAGGUGUUGUGUUCGUCGCUGGGUGGUGAGGAAACUGCUCAAGAAGAGACCACAGGCCCGUGGGCUGUUUGUCUGGACCCCAAGUACAGCCUGAGCCACAGGAUACAGGGCAAACACUGCAGGGUCUACUCUUUUGGGUUGGGGGCGGAGGACCGCUCACUGGAGCAUUCCUUAGCCAGGUCAGGAUGUGAGGUCCACUGCUUUGAUCCCAGCCUGAAGCAGCCACACCUGCAGCAGGAUGAAAUGUGGCUCCACCGGCUCUCUGUCGACUGGAGGGAUCCAAACCCCGCCAUUGUAGCCCAGCGUCCGUACGCCAACACGAAGAAGCUGGCCACCAUUCUGAACGACUUUGGACACAGACAGGUGGAUGUACUGAAGGCAGAUAUGGAGAGUGCAGAGUGGAAGAUUCUGGAAAACCUGGUUCUGGAGGGAGUUCUGGACUCAGUGGGUCAGAUGCUGCUGGAGCUUCACCUGCACUGGGCCGGUUUCGAGGUGGGUGGCGAUGACCCCUCCGUGGUGCGGUACUGGUUCAGUCUGCUCAGAGAGCUGGAACUCGCCAACUUCCGUCUCUUCCACGUGCACAGCGACCAAGCCAAACCGCAUCUCUUCCUGCAUAAGAACAUCCUCAAUGCCAGCAGCUCUUACACGUUGAGCUGGGUGAACACACAGUGGAAGCCUUGAGGGGUGAGAAACCAAGAUAGCCAAAAAACGUACUUGACUGGAAUGGCCACUGUAUGAUGAAGACAAAUUUGUGAAUGUUCAUUGAGGUAAAAAGUAUGUGGCUAGACUAGAAUAGACUUUCUUUUAUGGCUUGACCUUUUUGUAAAGCUAAAAACCCAUUUGCCGAUUUAUCCUCCUACUUUUGUGGCCUGUAAUAACCUCACUCAUACAGAGAGUCAGAGUAAUUGCCUCCAGAGGACCUUUCUGUGUUCUACCUCACAGUGGCUGUGUUGCUGGCUGCAGGUCAGCCUCUGAGUCACACUCACCCACAUCACUGUGGUUCUAUCUGGACUUCGCCAACAGCCUGAUAGAAGAUCUUUCCAGAUUACACUAUUCUACACAGACCACAGCCUGCAAAAUAGAACAGAACAUGUCACAAAAAGUAAAAUGAAGGUUGGGGAGAUGAGAGCUGCUCUGGAAGUGAAAUAGGAUGAAUGGAUAUUUUUCUGAAGAGGAACUCCGUAAGAAGCCAUUUGAAUGAGGAUGAGUGACAUCAAUAAGGAAUGUUUGACUUGAAAAAACUGUUUUGUGCACACUGCUUCACAGAAGAAAACUAUUUCUCUCCAUUCAAAGAAGCUUUUUUUGUGGAAUUGUCAGGCCUGAUUAUAUAUUUGUUUGUUUUGAUCCUCCAAUAAUGGUGCUACACUAUUGUCUAAUAAAGCAAAGAAUCAAAAAGAGGUGUCUCAA